CAAUACAUAUGUGGUAGAGGCAGCUUAUGAAACUCGCCAAGUUAAAAGAAAUCCCAAAUUGAAAACCUAGAAGGCAUCUCUUUGCAGCUAGAGAUGUAAACUAUUUGGAUUCUCACAUUCAAAUGCAUUGCAAAACCAGGUUCAGUCAAAUGCCAUAAAAAGAAGAAAGAAAUCAGAAUAUCAAAAACCAUAUUAUAACCACGCAUAUCCCUACCAUGCGGGAAAGUUUGUUGGUAGAGGAGGCUCUAAGAUUUAACAAUUAACAUUUCUUUUGGCAUUAAACUUUGUUCUUUUAAAAGGUUUAAGUCUAACCCUCCGGCUAGCCGGCCAGGUGAGAAACUCCAGCUAGCAAAAUGAUGCAGAAGUCUAGUGGUUACCGAAGUAUGCCUUUGGCUUUGAAGCCAAAGCAUUCCUGAAGAGAGUUACCUCCCUCUCUCUCUCAUGUGCAGUAGCAGCGGGAGGCCAAGAUGUACUCACCAGCCAUAAAGAGAUGCAAAGUGGGAAGACGUUGGCCAAACGAAUCCAGCACCAGAUUCACCGCCACCAUUUUGACGCCAUCGGUGAUUCCAGAUUCUCAUACCUCUUCCUGCAAGCAUGCAAGGACGGCAACUCUAUCCACCAACUGCACUCCCUGCUGCACAAGACCGGCCUUGUGGCUGGCAGCGACUUCUACAGGACCAAACUCGUCGCCCUCUACGGUAGCCUGGGGGAGAUGGAAUCCGCACGGAAGAUGUUCGAUGAAAAGCCUCAGAGAAAAGUCUACCUCUGGAACGCCAUGCUCAGAAGCUAUUGCAAAGAGAAACUGUGGGACGAAACACUGAAUCUGUUUUGGGAGAUGAAGAGGUUAGGCAUUGAGACGGACAACUACACAGUCCCCCUUGCUCUCAAAGCCUGUGGCGGAUUAUCGGCGCUCAAAAUUGCCAAGCAGAUUCAUGGCUCCAUUGUAGGUACUGUUAUGGAAGGAGAUAUGUUUGUGGGUGCAGCUCUGAUCGAUGUGUACUCGAAGUGUGAAGCCAUGGAGAACGCUUACCUAGUUUUUACGAGAUACCCACAACCGGAUGUUGUUCUUUGGACAUCCAUGGUCAGUGGGUACCAACAGAAUAACAGCGGAAAGGAGGCAGUGGAGUUCUUCUCUAGAAUGCUUUUAGCUGGAAUCUCGCCAGACACAAUUACUCUGAUUAGCGUCCUGUCAGCCUGUAACCAAUUGGGGAGUAUCCAGGGCGGAAGAUGUUGUCAUUGCUACAUAAUUAGACGGGGUCUUGAUUGGAACUUGUCACUGAGUAAUGCUCUUUUGCAUCUAUACUCAAAGUUGGGAGUCAUCGAUGUGGCUAGCAGGAUCUUCAAUAGAAUGCAGAACAGAGAUGUGAUAUCAUGGAGUUCUAUGAUUGGAGGCUACGUUCAGAACCAGCAGGCAGAAGAGGCGUUGGAUGCUUACAAGAAGAUGCUCAAUAGAGGCGUGGAGCCAAACCAUGUGACGGUUGUCAGUGCCCUGCAAGCCUGUGCUGCUGCUUGUGCUUUAGAAGAAGGCAAGAGAAUACACGAACUCACUGUCCGCAAAGGCUUUGAGAUGGAGACUUCUGUUUCCACUGCUCUUCUUGAUAUGUAUAUGAAGUGUUCACAUAUUGAUGAAGCUCUUGAACUUUUCUCUCGGAUGCCUAACAAGGAUGUUGUUGCUUGGGCUGCUCUGAUCAGUGGUUAUGCACUAAAUGGUCUUUCUGACAAGUCCCUGGGCGUCUUCCACGACAUGUUAUUGUCCAAUACUUUGCCUGACGCAGUUACCAUUGUAAAAGUUCUCUCGUCAUGUGCACAAUCGGGUAACUUGCAGCAGGCUUUGUGCCUUCAUGGUUACUUGAUUCGAAGUGGUUUUGACCAGAAGGUUUUUGUAGGCGCAUCUCUGAUAGAUUUGUACUCGAAAUGUGGCAGCUUAGCAAAUGCAGCUGAAGUGUUCCGUAAGUUAGAAGAAAAAGAUGUCGUUGCAUGGAGUUCCAUCAUUGCAGGCUACGGAAUUCAUGGACUUGGGUUCGAAGCUUUUCAGCUGUUUGAACAGAUGCUACAGACUGGACUGAAACCCAACCACAUAACCUUCAUCUCAGUCCUGUCCGCUUGCAGCCACGGGGGUCGGGUUGAUGAGGCAUGGAAGCUUUUCAAUAGCAUGGUUCAUGAACACAAGGUGAUCCCAAGGGCAGAGCACUAUGCGUGCAUGGUUGAUGUCCUUGGUCGCACUGGCCAAUUGGGCAAGGCCUUGGAGUUAAUCAACAACAUGCCUGUUGAAGCUAAUUCUCAACUGUGGGGUGCUUUACUUGGUGCAUGUAGAAUUCAUGGGGAUAUAGAUCUAGCAGAGCUCGCUGCUAGUAAGUUGUUCCAUUUAGAUCCCAACCACAGAGGCUAUUAUGUGCUUCUUUCUAAUAUAUAUGCAGAUGGAGCUAGAUGGGAUGGUGUGGCAAAUAUGAGAAUAAUGAUGAAGAGGAAAAAACUGACGCAGGUACCUGGUAUUAGUUCCAUAGAAGUUGGAAAUAAUGUCUAUUCUUUCUUGGCUGGAGAUCGGUUACACCAGGAAUCAAAGGAAAUUUACAACCUGGUAAAGAGAUUGGGAGUGAUGAUGAGGGAAGAAGGCUACAUACCUGAUGGCGAUUAUAUAUCAAGUGAGGGGGUUGAAUGCUGAGGCUCUGGACCUGUCGAAGCGUUACACACUAAUCCAUGGUUUUAGAGUUAAACUUCAUGUCUCACCUGUCUAGAUUGUCAAUUUGGCCCGUGAACUAUAAAUCAUGUUAAUCCGGAAAGGAUUGGUGAAAUUGAAAUGACUAACCUAAAUUCAAGAUGA